AUGUGUUCAUGGACGCCGGAUCCACCUCGGAGAUGGUGGCUCUACCAGCUGCCUAUCCUACGGCUCGUUGUCUCGGGGCUCGCUCCAGUCAGCGUCUUCUUCGUUGUGUCCGGUUACACAAUAUCGCACCACUUUCUGACCUUGGUUCGUAAAGGAGAGUUCGAGAAAGCAGGCUCGGCCAUCGCGUCGUCCGUCUUCCGCCGCCACACCCGGCUCUUCCUUCCACCCGCCGUGGUUGGGUUCGUCACCCUCAUGAUGGGUUAUUUCAACUUGUUCCCCGACAAGGGGCUACCCGGCGUUGCUUAUCCGACGAGGCCUCUGCCACACUUUGACUCUCUCUGGGGCCAGCUGCAGUACUACAUCCAUGCCGAAGUCCUCACCACCGACCCCAUCGGCCAGCCUGUUGUUCGAGCCGAUUCCGAAGAUCCAGAGCCUCUACUUGACCCCCACCUCUGGACAAUCCCUAUCGAGUUUAUGAGCUCCAUGGUGGUGUUCAUGUUCCUGACGGCUUUCACCAGAGUGCAUAAUAAAGUCAGGAUGCUCUUUGCACUAAGCUUAGCGAUAUAUCUCCAAUGCGUCUUCGUCUAUUGGGGUAUGUUUUUGUUUCUCAGCGGCAUGUUCUUGUGCGACCUGCAUUUGGAGCUCGAGGACAGGCAAUGGAGGUGGCCAACCAGGCGAUCUGAGCCCGAACUCUCGAGCACUUUGCCCUCGGAUGGGGCCGUACAUCGGACAGUGGAGCGAGGCCACAUGUCUCGUCGCAUACUUGGACGGGGCGUUGGGCUCGUAUCAUUCUUGAUCUCACUGUGGCUGCUCAGUAUGCCAGAAGAUAUGGAGGAUGCAGCGAGGUCACCUGGCUACGUGACCCUAGCAUCCUUGGUCCCAGCAAGAUUCAAAGAGGCCCUUGUGAUACCAAUUGGGGCAGUCCUAACAGUAUUCGUUGUCGACCAAAACUCGUUCUUGCAGAUUCUUUUCACUAACCGGUUUUCCCAGUACAUGGGCAAGAUCUCUUUCUCGCUGUAUAUGAUCCAUGGUCCACUCCUAUAUUCAUUAGGCUUGGUCCUAGCUCGGUGGACUCUGGGUCUUGUCGGUGGCGGAGACACUGAGAUAUCCUACAUCUUUGGCAUUUUCUUGGCAUUCAUCCUAUGGGCACCUGCGGCGAUAUGGGUUUCAGACCUUACUACUACCUUCGUAGAUGCGAAGGCGAUAGAGUUUUCUAAAUGGGCAUAUAAGAUGCUUUUGAAGAAAGAGUGA